UACGGUCUGAAACAUCCUCCUUUUAACAUAUGUUUAUCAAAAUCCCCCCUACCCGUGUCUUAAAAGAGAAGCACUCAACAGCUCAUUGGAUUUGGAGCUCUCCUUUCUCCUUUCCUUCCUUCGAAAAUCGACAGUUAUCACAAAGUUUAGGUGUUCACCAACAAAAGUGAUGUCACGUUUUUGGAUUGCCCUUAUUCUAUAUGGCUUGGCAGCCGUUCACAACCAUAUUGGCACAGCAGUAGCAGACUUUGAUGGUUUAGGUGUUUGCUAUGGAACGUCAGGAACCGACAUCCCCGACCCAAGAACUACAGUUCAAGUCUGCCAUAGCUAUGGUUUCAAGAAAAUCAGACUUUUCAAGCCUGAUCUUCAGAUGAUGGAUGCUCUAAUCAACCAAAAUAUUGCGGUGAGUAUUGGCAUUGGAAAUGAUGAAUUACCUAAAAUUGGAACUGCUCUGAGCAGUGCGGAAGAAUGGUAUUCCACGAAUGUGAAGCCCUACAUUUCUAAAAUCGCCAUUGAAUAUAUCGUCGUCGGAAACGAGGCCAUUCCAGGUCCCUACGCCAAGUGGGUUGCAUAUGCAGUGAGAAACUUAAAGCAAGUGCUCUUGCAGUCAGACCAAGAUAGUAUAAAGGUGACUACGGCGGUGUCGACGUCGGUUUUGGGAGCAACAAUUCCACCUUCAAGGGGUAUAUUUAAGGCUGAGACGAGACAGAUGAUGGGAGACGUGAUCCAAAGCAUAUCCGAGGGUAGGUCUGCACCAGUACUUAUGGUGCAUGCCUAUCCAUAUCGUUACCAUGCAGCAGGUCUCAUUCGACAAGAUUUCGCGACAUUCUCCGGACACAAACCUCUUUAUCACGACAAUGGCACAAAUUAUUGGAACAUGCUGGACGUGUUGGUGGAUGCUUUUUAUUCUGCAUUGGCGAAAGAGACCGGGGGUAGAAUUAAAUUGCGUUUAGUUGUGGGUGCGAGUGGUUGGCCUUCUGCUGGGAACGGAAGAUUCACGACUCCCGCAGUUGCAGCCACUUACAAUCAGAAUUUUAUGAGACGAGUAGUCAGGCGACAGGGAACUCCGGCUCAACCAGAAAAUUUCGUUGAUGGUUUUAUAUAUGCAUUGUUCAAUGAAAAUAAAAAAAACGCAGGUCCUGACCAACAUUAUGGGCUUCUCAAUACCGACAAAACACCUGUUUAUCAUUUUGUAGUUCCUCAAUCCCCAAUGCAUCCUCCCACUAUUAAAUGAUAUCCUGAAUCUUAGGACUGAUGCAAAGAUGGAUAUAACAACUUGAAAUAUGUAUUCAAAUGCGAACUCUAGGAAGAUCCUAUAGAAUUCUGGAGGAUUUUGAUGCUAUUCAUGAAAGCAGCUAAUAACGCAUUCAGAGUGCUA